AUGACGAAUUUGAACCCCCAUCAAGUCGGAAUUAAUCUGACAAUCUCUCAAGAUGGAUCAGAUUAUGGUAUAUACUUCACAUUCGAUGUUAAGAACGAUGAUAUUGAUGAAGUUGUAAGCGAACUAGUUAAAACUUGUAAUCUUGAUGAAGAAGAGGGUUUAGAGCUAAAAAGAGUAAUGGAAUCUCAGUUACAACAAGCAAUUGGACAAUUACCACCACCGGAAAUCACUCAUUCAAAUACAAAACCGAAAUAUUAUUUCGAACCGUCGGAUGAUGCAGAUUUAGCAAACGAAAAAGAAUAUCAAGCAUUACUAGCUCAACAAAGGAAAGCAUUAGCUGAUAUCGAAUCACGACAUGACAGAGAACAAAAAGAAAUGAUCUCGAGACUUAAAGGAGUCCCCGUUAACAGUCACAAAAUUGUAGAUGACUUAAUCGUAUUUAGUUGA